AUGAGCGUGAUGGGAAACGCGAACCCGUCGGUGCUCGGUGAAGGCGCGAGCGAAGAAAAAGGCGAACACGCUCGUUUGCAAUCUUUCGUCGGCGCGAUGGCCAUCGCGGACUUGGUCAAAUCGACUCUCGGACCGAAAGGGAUGGAUAAGAUUUUACAAUCGGUUUCGAAAGGGAACGCAGUGACCGUGACGAACGAUGGCGCGACGAUAUUGAAAUCUAUUUACGUGGAUAAUCCAGCCGCGAAGGUGUUGGUGGACAUAUCGAAAGCGCAAGACGACGAGGUGGGAGACGGGACGACCUCGGUCGUCGUUUUCGCCGGGGAGUUGUUGAGACAGGCGGAGUUGUUGGUGAACCAAAAGAUUCAUCCGAUGACGAUUAUCCAGGGGUUUCGAGAGGCCUGCGACGUGGCCAGGCAGGCUUUGGAGGACGCCGCGAGAGAUAAUCACGCGGACCAGGAGAAGUUUCGAGAAGAUUUGAUGAACAUCGCGAGGACGACGUUGAGUUCAAAAAUUUUGACCCACGAUAAAGAUCAUUUCGCGAAAUUAGCCGUAGAUGCCAUCCUGCGAUUGAAAGGAUCAGGGAACUUAGAGAUGGUCCAGUUGAUCGAGAAGCCCGGAGGGAGUUUGAAGGAUUCGUAUUUGGACGAGGGGUUUAUUUUGGACAAGAAGUUUGGCGUCGGGCAACCGAAGAGGAUCGAAAACGCGAAAAUUUUAAUCGCGAAUACUGGGAUGGAUACGGAUAAAAUUAAAAUUUACGGCGCGAGAGUACGAGUGGAUUCGAUGACGAAAGUAGCGGAGAUUGAAGACGCGGAGAAGUUGAAGAUGCGAAACAAGUGCGAGAAAAUUAUCGCGCACGGCUGCAACGUGUUUAUCAACCGACAGUUGAUUUAUAAUUACCCGGAACAGAUUUUCGCGGACGCCGGAGUGGCAGCGAUUGAACACGCCGAUUUUGAAGGCGUGGAGCGAUUGGCUUUAGUUACUGGUGGAGAUAUUUUGAGUACGUUCGAUACUCCGGAAUCGGCAAAGUUAGGGGAGUGCGAUUUAAUCGAAGAGAUUAUGAUUGGCGAAGAUCGUUUGAUUAAAUUCUCCGGCGUGGCGAAAGGCGAGGCAUGCACGAUUGUUUUAAGAGGGGCAUCCACGCAUAUUUUAGCCGAAGCGGAACGUUCCCUGCACGAUGCGUUGUGCGUGUUGAACACGGCGGUUAAGGACUCGCGCGUUAUCUGUGGCGGCGGGUGCGCGGAGAUGAUCAUGUCCAAAGCUGUUGAACAACUCGCCGAAAAGACGCCGGGGAAGCGUUCGCUCGCGAUGGAGUGCUUCGCCAAAGCAUUGAGGUGCAUUCCAUCGAUUAUUUGCGAUAACGCGGGUUUAGAUUCCGGUGAAAUCGUUUCGCAGUUGAGAGCGAGACACGCGGAAGGUGAAACGAACAUGGGCGUGAACGUUUUGAACGGACAAGUUGGCGAUAUGACCGAGUUGGGUAUUACCGAAAGCUUUAGAGUGAAACAACAGGUACUUUUAUCCGCCACGGAGGCAGCGGAAAUGAUUGUCAGAGUGGACGAUAUCAUCAAGUGCGCGCCGAGACAACGAGCGGAUUAG